CCAACGGAGUAUACGCGCAGUGUAGUCCGAUCUGUGGAGGGAUAAAAAAGCAGAAGCUCAGGACCAUGUUUCCCAGGAGCCUACAUGUGGGCACUACUCUCUGUCUAUGGAUUAUAGUGUUGUCUACCCAGGGAAAUGUGUCCGCGAAGAAGCACGAUGACUCCUUCUUUACUGGGAGCAUUUAUCGAGCAAGAUGCGCCUCAAGAUGUCUCAGCCUGCACAUCACUCGCAUCUCUGCGUUUUUCAAGCACUCUCAGAAUAAUGGAUCCUUGGUGUGGUGUCAGAAUCACAAGCAGUGUUCAAAGUGCCUGGAGCCUUGCAAGGAAUCCUGGGACCUGAAGGAGAACCAGUGCCAGGACUUAUGUGAGCCUCUCUUUCCCAAGAAGCACUACGAGUGUCUGACGAGCUGCGAGUUCCUCAAGUCGGUGGAGGGGGUGAAGCAGGGCGACUGCCCCGCCCCCGAGAAGGCCAGUGGCUUUGCCGCCGCGUGCGUGGAGAGCUGUGAGGAGGACGCUGAGUGCUCCACAGUGAAGAAGUGCUGCUCCAACGGCUGUGGCCACACCUGCCAGCAGCCCAAAAACCUCUACAAAGGGGCUCCCCUGAAGCCGAGGAAGGAGCUGGUCUUCCACGAGCAGCCGUCAGGCCAGCUGGACAUCCGCUGGUCCUCCAAGUUCAACAUCUCGGUGGAGCCUGUCCUGUACGUGGUGCAGCGCCGCUGGAACUAUGGCAUCCAUCCCAGUGAGGACGACGCCAGCGAGUGGCAGACCAUGGCACAGACUACAGAGGAGCGCGUCCAACUGGCCGACAUCAGAGCCACCAGAUGGUACCAGUUCAGAGUGGCGGCCGUCAAUGUUCACGGGACCCGCGGUUUCACUGCCCCCAGCAAACACUUCCGCUCAUACAGAGAUCCGUCUGCCCCUCCCAGUCCCACCAGUCUACGUGUUACCAACAUGACACAGGGUACUGAUGGUCUGGUGACAACUCGCCUCAACUGGACCCUCCCGGAGGAGCCUGACAUCCCUGUCCAUCACUACAAAGUUUUCUGGAGUUGGACUGUCGCCAGCAAGUCCUUGGUACCAUCUAAGAAGAAGAGAAGAAAGACGACCAAUGGGGCUCAGAGCUGGGUGGACCUGGAGGGGCUGCAGGCGAACAGCAGCUUCACAGUGGAGCUGCAGGCUGUGACCUACUGGGGGCAGGUGCGUCUGAAGAGCUCCAAGGCCUCUCUUCACUUCACCACAGGCCAGAACGAAGACUCAGUUAAAUUGGCGUCUAAAUCAAGGAAGGAGGAGAUGUUGCCUGUUGCCUCCACCCUGGGGAAACGCCCCGGAGGGCCUCUGGAGGUGGGCACCCCCUUCUACCAGGACGGCCUGCUGCAGGUCCGCGUUUACUGGAAGAACAGAGGAGACCCGACAGUGAGCCGCUACCAUGUCCAGUGGGUUCCAGAGUACUGUAGCCACAAUGAGACCAGGGGUCCGGAGAAAUCUGUCACACAGGAAAACUACAUCAACCUCCCAGGCCUGCUGUUCUCGUGCAAGUACAAAGUCACCGUCCACAUGCUCAAGUCAAAGAGACGCGCCAAGGACGAGAGCACCACUUUCCUCACCCCCUCCUGCGCAACCAUCAGGAGCAAGACCCACAAACACAUCCCGUGCCCUGGGGAGGGAGCCACUGGUCUUCCCAAGGUGUUGGCCAAGCCAGAGAAUCUGACAGCCUCUUUCUCCAUCCACGAGGGCAACAUCACCGGUAACUUCCUGUGGCGAGUGUCCAGGGUUCUGGCUUACCAGCGAAUCACAGGCUUCCAGGUCACAUGGGCAGAGGUCACCACAGAGAGCCGACAAAACAGCCUUCCCAACAGCAUCAUCUCGCAAUCCCAGAUCCUGCCUCCAGACCAUAACUUGUUGGUGGUGUCCAACCUGCGGCCGGCCACAUACUACAGACUGGAGGUGCAGGUCAUCACAACAGCAGGCGAGGGUCCUGCUACUGUCAAGGCUUUCCAGACUCCCGGUGUCUUACCUGUCCUGCAACACCGACCCCGACUCAGGCAACACCACUCACACCACCAGAAGCCGUCAGCAGAGAGGCAUUGAAAGGCCUGGCUAGCGUGAUCUUUUUGGGAGCAAAUCCAACGCCGUUUCCCCAGGAAGGGAAUAGAGAGUGGAACCAAGCAAACACAGCAGACCAGAUUCUGAUCUGACCCCAUACUUAUGUGAUAUAGGUUCUCUUCCUAACUGUAGCUGUCCCUUGUGAUCCCAUCUACUGACUGGGGCCUGGCACAGUCAGAAACAUACUCUAGGACCAUUCUCUUAUAUGUAUAUUUCAUCGUUUGGGGCUGUAGGACAAAGUUUGCGUUGGAGCCAUCAAACGUUACACCCUAAUUGAACGAACAGUAUGAUGCAAAAUUGAUUCCCAUGUCAGUGAAACAUGUUGGCAGUGUGAUUGACUACCCCUUGAAUACACCGAAGAUAUGAAUGGAGGAAAUGCCGUACAAUUGUAAAACACAAUCAUUUAUUCAUCUAGUCAGGAAAGAUUGAUUUCACCUAUUUAUUUUGAUUUCCCAAGUACAAAAGAGGGCGCUUAGGCAUACAGUACGUGCUGUUGAAUAAUGUAACUAAAGCCAGUGUAGUUUAAUCACAAAAAAAAAUUCUCAUAGUAUGUUGCAUGUAGAAGUACAUUUGAUUUUACUGUAAAUGAAUUACCAGCUUCAAAUUGAAUGCUUGUAAUGUUAGUUAAUGUUAGUGUUGUGUAGGCAUGAAAUACUUCUGUGUUACCUCUUUUGAAUAUGUUAGCAUUAACUAAUUAACAGAGAACUAUAUGGGGAAUAAUAUGUCAUGUUUAUUAAUGAAAUUAUAACUUGGUUUGCAAAUGAUGGAAUUGUAUAUGUUCUUGGCUGUAGAAAUAUUUGUCGUGAAACAGUCAGUGAAUGUCUAUAUUUAUUUAUGUGUGUAUUACAAAGUUUGAUUUGUGUGGACGUGUGUGGAUGUGUGUGUUUGGUGUGUUUUAGUCUUAGAGUUUUUGAACUGGCAAAACAUCUUGUAAAGACAUUUUGUAAAAAUGGAAUUGUAAAUACAGUCUUAUGUUACAUGUUAUUUUUCCAUGGUAGAAACUGUACAAACUGCUAAGUAAUAAAAAAUAAUCCUUAA